AUGUCGACAUCCUUGGUCACUGCGCCUCUGCGCGCUGCAGCGUUUCGUCUCUCGCGGCCAUCCUCGUUCGCGAAGACUUCGAUUCAGCUUCGGCAGCGGAGUGUCAGCUGUAGAGUAUCUCGAGGGAGCUCAUCACAUCGUGAUUCAAACUCUUUCGCGAUCGUCACCAAUGCGGCAAUCACCCCAGCACAUGCAUGGCCACGAACCGCCAGUGUCAGCACAACCAUUCGUCUAGCAACGUCACCUCCAUCCUCUUCUGCAUCAGAUCCGCCAAAGCCCGCAAUCUACCAGCCACCCACCACCGGCCUCAUCUCUCACCUUCCCUCCGCCUUCAUCCCGUAUGCGGAACUCAUCCGCCUCGACAAGCCCACGGGAACUUACUACCUCUUCUUACCCUGUUUGUUCAGCACACUCCUCGCCGCUCCACUCGCUACACCAAUCGCCUCGGCGUCCACGGUUGUCACCACCAGCGCUCUCUUCUUCCUGGGCGCAUUGAUUAUGCGAGGUGCCGGGUGCACAAUCAAUGACCUCUGGGAUCGCAAUCUCGAUCCUCACGUGGAAAGGACGCGGCUUCGGCCGAUUGCCCGAGGAGCAGUGAGCGUGCAGCAAGCAAUUCCCUUCCUCGGAGCGCAGUUGCUGGCAGGGUUGGGCGUGCUGUUGAGCUUACCCACCCAGUGUCUCUGGUAUGGGAUUCCAAGCCUACUACUCGUAACCACCUAUCCUCUGGCCAAACGCGUAACCAACUACCCACAAUUCAUCCUUGGACUGACCUUUUCAUGGGGCGCUUUCAUGGGCUUCCCAGCGCUAGGCAUCGACCUCUUGGCCCCCGAGAAUCUCCAUCUGACGCUAUCUGCCGGAUGCUUAUAUGCAAGCUGUGUGGCGUGGACGGUGGUGUACGACAUGAUCUACGCCUACCAGGACAUUCGCGACGACGUCGCUGCAGGCAUCAAGUCCAUUGCACUGGCGCAGCAAGCGCAAGCCAAAGCCUUUUUGAGUGCGGUGGCGGUGUUGCAGGUGGGACUCUUGGCAGGUGCGGGUGUAUUUGCGGGCGCAGGACCGGUAUUCUUUGUCGGCAGCUGUGGCGGUGCAGCUGCUACGCUAGCUUAUAUGAUCCGCACGGUGGAUCUGCAUAGCGUGCAGGACUGCUGGCGAUGGUUCAAGAACGGAGCGUGGGUCACUGGUGGCGCCAUCACCGUAGGACUACUGGGUGAAUAUUGGGUAAGAUGCGAGCAAUUGGGGGAGAUGGAGAGGACGCUGAUUGAUGAGUGA